UGAGAAUUGCGUAGGGUGAUGAUUCCAGAAGAGCGUGCCACAUGCAGAUUCUUUUCUCGAGGCACGUAUUCCGUAGAUAGUUAUGCAUGGAGUCGAAGUGAGGCCCAGGAUGACCAGUUGUGGGAAGGGACCCACUUGAAGGUUUGCGCCUGGACGCCUCCCCAGCCAAAAUCGUCCCGACAGCUGCCGCCCUACCUCGCCUUUUUGGAACGUCUCCCGUCCGCCGUCGUCCCCAUCCAUGCCCCAUGUUCCCUCCACCACCCGCUUGUCCCCCGUCUCCGCCAGCUCUUUCCUUCCUCACAUCACAGCCGGCUAUCUUCAAUAUCCCUUCACCUCGUUGCCGCCUCCGCGUGUCGGCCCCAAUUCCUCACCACAACCUGGAAACUCUCCGAUUUUCACACGACCUCUCAUUUCUUCCCGGCGCACGCUGCUCAAGCUCCCAGCACCUGUUGCGAAAUACCUGGAAACAGAUCAUAGCCUCCACUGCUGGGCGAGAGUCGCUGGCAUGAUUGCAGCUGUUGCACGCAAUUUUGAACCGACAAAACAGAGCAACAGCGCGUGUAGUUCUUACCAUAACUUCACUUCCGGCGCCCCAUGUUCUAAUACACAAUCCCACCACGAUUAA